CGGACCAGAGCGGACCGGAGCGCAGCAGCUCUGCUCCCCGGGCGGAUGCAGGACCAUGGAGGAGAGAGACAGGUCGCCAGCAGUCUGCCCCACAGUGUCAAGGCGAGCCUGUCCCUUUCUCCAUCUGGGCCGGGACGGGUGGGCAGUGGCGGGGGCUCCCCUACAUCCAAGAUGGGCUACUGCGGAGGGGUGCCGGUGGAGGACAUGCAGGCCCUGGCCAUCACCUCUCUGUCGGCAGCAGAUGUAGCCAAACAAUAUGAGCACAUCCGUGAGCUGGGGAAGGGCACAUACGGCAAGGUGGACCUGGUGGCACACCGGACACAGGGCACCAAAAUGGCACUCAAGUUUGUCACCAAGAACAAGACUAAGCUCAGGAGUUUCCUGCGGGAGUACAGUCUAACAGGCUCACUUAGCUGCAGCCCUUUUAUUAUCAAAGUCCUGGACGUACUCUUUGAGACAGAGGACAGCUAUGUGUUUGGACAAGAAUAUGCUCCCGCCGGGGACCUUUUCGACAUCAUCCCCCCACAGGUGGGUCUGCCAGAGGAAAUGGUCAAACGCUGCAUGCAGCAACUGGGCCUGGCUCUGGACUUUAUGCACAGUAAAAACCUGGUGCAUCGCGACGUCAAGCCUGAGAAUGUGCUCCUAUUUGACCGUGAGUGCCGGCGCAUCAAACUGGCUGACUUUGGUAUGACCAGACGCGUGGGAUCCCGCGUGAAACGGGUGAGUGGCACUAUCCCCUAUACAGCGCCAGAGGUGUGCCGCGCUAGCCGUGCUGAGGGUUUCCUUGUGACCACCAGUCUGGAUGUUUGGGCAUUUGGCGUUCUGAUCUUCUGUAUGCUGACAGGCAAUUUCCCAUGGGAGGCAGCGUUAGCGGCCGAUGCCUUCUAUGAGGAGUUUCGACGCUGGCAGAAAGCAGGGUGCCCUGUGGGGACUUACCCCUCUCAGUGGCGCCGCUUCACUGAUGACGCCUUGCGCAUGUUUCAGCGGCUGCUCUCCCCCGAGCCGGAAAAACGCUGCGGAGUCAAGGACGUCUUCUGCUUUGUCAAGUAUGAGCUGGUCAGCGAGCUCCGUCGCCGAGCCUCUUGCCGAGCCAAGAGAGGCGAGAGGUCAAGCUCGGGAGUGUGCACUGGCAGUUGCACUUCCUCCGCGUCCUCCACUUCGUCACGUUCCUCGCACAGACACCCUGAGCCCUCCACCCCUCCAGGAACAUCCUGCCUGCGCCCGGCACCACUCAAACGCAGUGUCCUGUCCGACCCGCUAUCUCCCAGAGAGGACUCUGGACACCAGUCUCCAGGCCGAGACAAGAACAAAAGCCAGAUGGUAAUGGCAACUGCCAUAGAAAUCUGUGUGUGA